CCACGAGCAUCACGAAAAAAGACGCUCUCCUAACCCCCCAAACGUCAUCCCUCCCCCAAUUGCAUCUCGCAACUAGCAGCUUUCGCCGCAAACCGCCUCCUCUCCGCUCUUCCUCCUCCCCGGAUAUCACGAGAUGGCGCCCCUCGCACACGCAUCCCGCACCUGCCUGCGGCAGCUGGCGCGAAGCAGCCCUUCCGCGACGACGGCUGCGCGCGCCCUCAGCACCUCGGCCGCCCGGAACGACUCGACGGCCGCGAGCUACUCUAGCCCCUUCAAGGGCGCCCAGGCUGGCAACAAGAUCCCCGACUUCAGCAAGUACAUGAGCAAGGGUUCCGCCAGCAACAACCAGCUCUUCGGAUACUUCAUGGUCGGCACCAUGGGCGCCAUCACCGCUGCCGGUGCCAAGUCUACUGUCCAGGAGUUCCUCGUCAACAUGUCCGCCUCAGCCGACGUUUUGGCCAUGGCCAAGGUCGAGGUCGACCUCUCCACCAUCCCCGAGGGCAAGAACGUCAUCAUCAAGUGGAGAGGCAAGCCCGUCUUCAUCCGCCACCGCACCCAGGCCGAGAUCGACGAGGCCAACAAGGUCUCCGUUUCCUCCCUCCGUGACCCCCAGGCCGACGAGGACCGUGUCAAGACCCCCGAGUGGCUCAUCAUGCUGGGUGUCUGCACGCACUUGGGUUGUGUUCCCAUCGGCGAGGCCGGCGACUUCGGCGGUUGGUUCUGCCCCUGCCACGGAUCCCACUACGACAUUUCCGGCCGCAUCAGAAAAGGACCUGCUCCCCUCAACCUCGAGAUCCCCGAAUACGACUUCCCUGAGGAUGGCAAGCUGGUCAUUGGUUAAGUAGUAUCUCUGUAAGAAUAUAAAGACGCAACGCGGGGGAAGGGAGAAUAGUGAGGAAUCGAGGAUGGGGAGAGCAAGGCCCGGGUCCCCCUUCGAGGAGACGCUGGCGUUGAUGGCAACAACAACGAACUACUAGAACACUUUUUUUUAUUCUUUGCAUCGGGAACGACGAGCCGUGGGUGCCGGUUUUGGGUCCCCCGUCCCAAAGAGAGAAAGAGGUCAAUUUUCUUUUUGUUUUCUUAGACGUGUCCCCCCGGGCAAUGAUGCCAAUGUACAAAAGUCACACGAGCGUCCAGGAACAAUGAGUAGCCUCGCCACUUGCUAAUAGCCAACCGUCGGCCUGGGGUUUGUGAUCUUC